UAUAUCGGAGUGAAAUUAGCAGAAGAUAAGUGCAGUUCCUUCUCGGCAAUACUUCGCGAUAGCUGUGCGUUAGCAACAUUCUCUGAGCAAAGAGGAAUACUGUUACAGGAAUUCCAACAAAUAGUGGACAGUUGUGAGGGACUUGUUGUGUUUUCGUUCGGCUCGGUAACACCGACUCAUCGAAUGCCGGCGGAGUGGAAAAAGUCCUUCUUGGAGGCUUUCUCACGAUUUCCUAACUUGAACUUCGUGCUAAGAUAUGAAGGAACUGAUUUGAAAGAUCAGCUUCCAUCGAAUGUCUAUUUAUUCAAAUGGCUACCACAGGCGGAUCUCCUGAGCCACCCCAAAACAUUGGCGUUCAUAUCGCAUGGAGGCUACAAUAGUUUACAGGAAGCUGUCACAGCCGGCGUUCCAUUGAUAACCGUAGCUCUAUUUGGCGAUCAACCACGAAACGCAAAGUUGGCAGAAAGGCAUCAUUUCGCCAUCAACAUCAGGAAAGAGCGAUCUCAAUGCUGA